AUGCCAGAGAAGGCCGAGGUGCAGGUGCAAAGUAAAUUAUUGCGCGAAUGCCGCGUCAUAGCAGCAAAGACGCAUCAUUCAAUUAGCCGCAUCACCGGUGAUUUGGAGGACGAGCAUUACCUGGAGCUCGCUUCGAAACUACCCAUGUCAUCGGAAGAGCACGUGCGCUUCGUGGAAGAAAAACUUUCCCAAAAGGAAAGCACGGAUGCUAUGAUGCGGCUAAUAUUGAAGUCGAAGGGCGCAAAAGGCAGUGUGGACGGCGUACUACGUGGUUUGUUUUCAGACGAUGUAAUGUACCAUUACAAUUUAGAGGGGCGCAAGGAGAAGAAAUCCCUACUAAAACUAAAAUGCGUAGGGUUAGUUUUUGAUAUAUUUCCUGACAAGGAUAAAAACAGUAUAUAUGGGGAGCUCCGGAGAUUUGUGGCCUUAAGCCACAAUCGUUAUAAACAGAAGAAACAUAAACUAAGGGCUAAAUUAAUAUAAGUUUUAUUAUUAUUACUUAUAUAUAUUAGUUUUAAGUUGUAAAUAUUAGUUUUAAGUUGUAAAUAUUAGUUUUAAGAUGUACAUAUUAGUUUUAAGUUGUAUAUAUUAGU